GCCAGCUUCCAGUUGAACGGGUUUGGAUUGUUGUUAUUUUUGUUUUCAGAGUGCGAUAGCUCGACGGCGUGCUGUCCAUCGAGCGUUUCUUGCUCCAACUUCGUUAAUUUGAAUGAAUUGUGUGAAAAACCGGACAAAAACCGCGAAUUUCCUUUGAUUGUGUGCGAUGACCAUUGACAAAAAUCGCUUUGUUCUGCGAUGUUGGUGAAAAAGUGAGUGAAUCUAGAGUGCCGGCACAAUGAGGUGCGAUUUUUUGCUGGGACUGCUGAUGAUGGUCUGGGGGGCCCAAGGGGGCACCACCACCGCUCCGGCCACCAAAACAGCAUCAACUUGCGACAGCGACCAGUUCCAAUGCCUGGACGGCCCUUGCAUUCCGUCCCAUUGGCGUUGCGACGGCCAGCCAGACUGCGCCGACGGCAGCGACGAGCCCUUCGAGUGCAUCCAGACCCAGACCUGCCGUCCAGAGCAAUUCCAAUGUGCCCUCACGCGAAAGUGCCUACCGUUGGGUUGGGUUUGCGACGAAGACCAGGACUGCGGGACCUCGACGACGCUGGGCGUCGACACCUCCGACGAGGACCCCAGCCAGUGCCACAAGGAGAUCAAAUGUCCCUGGAACCAGGCCAAGUGCGGCUUCGGCCCAGAAUGCGCCCCAAUCAAAAAGUUUUGUGAUAAGCAGAGGGACUGUGUUAACGGAGGCGACGAAUGGGAUUUUUGCCGGAAUUCGACGUUUAGCUGUGAUAAAUUGGUGUGCAGCUAUGGGUGCAGACCCACAGGGGAGGGACCCAAGUGCUUCUGUCCCGAGGGACAGAGGCCCGAAGGGAGCAGGUGUGUGGAUGCGGACGAAUGCGAGCUGGACAACACUUGCGCUCAAGUGUGCAAAAAUACAGUUGGGUCGUUUGAGUGCUCGUGCGUUUCGGGGUAUGAGAAAAAUGGGACGGAUUGUGUCGCACUUAAUGUUCCUCCAGCCCUGGACGCCUCGAUCGUCUUCUCAACGCAGGCGGAAAUCGCGCGUUUGAAGCUCUCAGGCGAAGCCUGGUCCUCAAACUCCUCCCUCCAGCUCCUCAACAGCACAGCUUUGGAGUUUGUCUUCAACAACCACUCAAUUUGCUACGUCCAUCACAACUUCUCCAAAGCGUCGCUAGUUUGCGUCAACAUCGACGAUUUCUCGCAAAAAACCGAACUAAAAACCCAAUCCACUUUGCUCGAAUUUGAAUCCGUCCAACAAAUGGCAAUGGAUUGGGUGUCUCGUAAUUGGUACUUUUUGGACGACCAGCGGGAGAUUUUCCUGGUUUGUUCCGAACGUUUGGAGUGGUGUAACAUUUUGAUAGAGAACGAUUUGAGCAAGCCCAGAGCUCUGGCUUUGGACCCGACUCGGGGGUACAUGUUUUUCACCAAAUGGGGGCACUCCCCGCCCAUGGUGGAGCGGUGUAAGAUGGACGGGAGCGAGCGCAAGGCUGUGGUGAACCACAAGAUCGUGUACCCGUAUGGGGUGACUGUUGAUUAUCCCACGCAGCAUAUUUAUUGGGUUGAUACGUAUCUGGAUUUUGUUGAGAGAGUUGAUUACGACGGGAAGGACAGGAAGACGAUUAUGAGGGGACUUAAGGUGCAAAAUUUGUACGGGAUCAGCGUUUUUCAACGGAAGUUGUAUCUGUCGUCAUGGUAUAGCAACGAUAUCAUCGAGUUGGAUAAGUUUACCAUGAAGGAGAAGAUUCUGGUGCAGAAUAUCAGCAGGCCGUUCAAUGUGCUGGUGUACCAUCGGCAGAGGCAACCAGUGGUUCCUCAUCCUUGCAACUCUCACUCCGACUGUUCGCAUCUUUGCAUCUCCAACUGGAAGCGCGACAUCGCCGUGAAAAAGUGUCUCUGCGCUGCCGGUUACCAAAUGACCGAAAACAACCAAUGUGUAGUGAAACCAAGCCAAAGAUACCUCUUAUUGGCCAAAGGCAAACCAGCCUCAAUCAAAGGAAUCGAAUUGGACAGCAACAAAGAAACAAUGAUCCCUAUCACCGGAAUCAACCAACCAAUGGCAAUAGACUACGACGUCAAAACCGGCACUAUUAUCUACUCCGACAGCCACCGAAAAGUAAUCGAAGGCGCGAAAAUCAACGACUCCUCGCACAAAACCAUCUUCCAGAAAAACGUCCGCAGAUGCGACGGCCUGGCCUUCGACUGGAUGUCGCGCAACGUCUACUGGACGGACGAAGAAAUGGGCAGUAUCGGCGUUUUCAAGUUGGCCAACUCCAGCCAAAACCGAAUUUUGCUGCAAGACGCUUUCUACAACCCUUUGUCCAUAGUGCUAGAUCCAGGCCGGGGUGUGAUGUAUUGGGCCGAUUGGUCGAGUAUUUACCCCAACAAAGGGAGGAUCCACGUGGUUAAUAUGGACGGAAAAAAUUUGAAAGAUUUCGUGGAAGUUAACAUAGACUGGCCGAGUGGUCUCACGAUUGAUUUCGUCGAGAAACGGUUGUAUUGGAGCGACCGACAUUUGCGUAAAAUCGAAAGUGUCGAUUUUAACGGAGUUAACAGGAGAGUCGAGUUGGCGAAAGUGAUGGAAACUCCGUUCGGAUUGGCCUUAGGGCCGGGGAAAACUUUGUAUUUUACUGAAUUUACCAAAGGGACUGUUAUGGCGUAUAAUAAUAAGACAGGGUUUCGGCAGUUGGAUCAAAGCAAUCCGCCGAUUUUUGAUAUCAAGCUUUAUGAUGCGACGGCUCAGCAAGGCGAGAACGAAUGCACCAAGAACACACCAGAUUGCCCCGAAUUGUGCCUCCCGACGCCCUCGGACCCCGUGUGCGAGUGCUCCAGUGGCUACAAAAACGUCAACAAGACGUGCGUGCGAGAUGUGGCCCCAAAUCAAGCGUUCAGUGUUUGCGGCCCUCACGAUUUCCAGUGUAAAAAUUUGAAAUGUAUUCCGUAUCAGCAGACUUGCGACCGUAUAGAUAACUGUGGGGACCAAUCCGAUGAAGCUCUAGGUCCUGACGGUCCUUGCAAGGAUGUCAUUUGUCCGGCCAAUCAAAUCAAAUGCGAUAAUCAGACUUGCAUCUCCAAGUAUUGGGCUUGCGAUGGAGAGCAAGAUUGCGUUGACGGAAGCGACGAAGAUGAGAAACGGUGUUCGGAAGUUUGCUCAGCGGCUCAGUUCAAGUGUGCGGUGUCGAAACGGUGCAUCCCCUCGGUGUGGAAGUGCGAUAAUGUGGCGGAUUGUGGGCCCGAAGAUAUGAGCGAUGAGGCCGAUUGUGUGAAAAAGCAGUGCGAAGUGAACGAAUUCACGUGUGCGAAUGGCCGUUGCAUUUCGCAAGUUUUGUAUUGUGACGGUGUUGAUGACUGUAAGGACAGUUCGGAUGAAAUCAACUGCACUGAGUGUCAAGUCACGGAGUUUUUCUGUCCAAGUACUGCGACUUGUCUUCCAAAUAGUAAGAAAUGUGACGGACAGAUUGAUUGUAACGGAGGAUACGAUGAAUAUGAGUGUAACGAAAAUCUGAACUGUGGGAAAACGGAGUUCAAAUGCGCCAACAAUUUGGAGUGCAUCCCAGAGUCUUAUGUUUGCGACGGCGACCUGGACUGUCUCGACGCCAGCGACGAGAAACACUGCAACAAAACCGCCCACCACAACACCACAUCCCCAGCCACCUCGCCAACAUGCCACCACCCGUCCCGCUUUUGCGACAACUCCACCAAAUGCAUAACCGUCGACCACUUAUGCGACAACAUCGCCGAUUGUUCCGACGGUUCGGACGAAGGUGGCCGUUGUUCCGAACAACUUUGCGACCUCCGACUCGAUUGCUCCCACUACUGUCACAACGCCCCCGAAGGCCUGAUCUGCUCCUGCCCCCCUGAUUUGCACCUCCAACCCGACCGAAUUCACUGCUCCAAAGCGCACCCUUGCGACACCUGGGGCGUCUGCUCACAGAAAUGCAUCGCAGUGGGCGAACGCUACAAAUGCGGCUGUUUCAAAGGCUACGUCCUCGAAUCGGAUCGCUUCACGUGCAAGAGCACAAGUGGCGCCACCCCGUAUGUGAUUUUCAGUAAUCGGCAUGAAUUGAAAGCAGUGGAGUUGGUUACUUUCAACGUCAAGUCGUUUAUUUCAAGUUUGAAGAAUACGAUUGCUUUGGAUUUUUAUUACACGAAGAAUGCGAAUAUGGUGUUUUGGACCGAUGUUAUUGACGAUAAAAUCUACAGAGGGACAGUUGUUGGUGGUUCUUUGAGUAAUAUAGAAGUUGUGGUGCAGACAGGACUUUCAACGGCUGAAGGCCUUGCUGUUGACUGGAUUGGUGAAAAUUUGUAUUGGGUUGAAAGCAAUCUUGACCAGAUCGAGGUGGCUAAACUUGAUGGUCGAUUCCGGCGAACGCUUGUGGCAGGUGAGAUGGAAAGUCCACGUGCAGUAGCAGUGGACCCACGUGAUGGUUAUCUCUUCUGGACCGAUUGGGACAACAAUGCGCCUAGGAUUGAGCGCUGCUCUUUGGCUGGACUAGACCGGGAAAUAGUUGUGAGAGUUGAUAAAAUUGCAGAUGCCGGUUGGCCCAAUGGUCUAACACUUGAUUACGUUCUGAGACGCAUUUAUUGGAUUGACGCUCGUUCUGACUCCAUCCACACGACUAAAUACGACGGUAGUGAGCACCAUGAAGUUAUGCGAAAUCACGAGACGCUCUCGCAUCCGUUCGCCAUAGCGCUGUUUGAGAAUUACGUCUAUUGGACGGAUUGGAGGACGAAUAGUGUGGUUAGGGCGAAUAAGUUUACAGGGGGCGAUGUUGCGGUAAUUCAAAGGACGUUGACGCAACCGUUUGAUAUACAGAUUAUGCAUCCGGCGCGGCAGCCGAGAGAUGGGCCUAAUCCGUGUGGGGUUAAUAAUGGGGGCUGUUCGCACUUGUGUCUGCUGCACACGAAUCGGACGUACAGGUGUGAUUGUCCGCAUGUGAUGAGGUUGAGUGCCGAUAAUAAGACUUGUGUGGUAAACGAACGCGUGCUGCUCAUCGCCCGCACGAGUGAAAUCCGCGGAGUGGACAUCCUCCAGCCCUACUACCACACAAUCCCCACCAUAAGCGCCCCCCAGGUGCUCAACCCCGUCCAACUGGAGUACCUCGCCCGUAACAACACCCUCUACUGGGCCGACUCCCAAAUCAGCGAAAUCAAACGCUCGGGCCUCACCACCGGCCCCAUCCAAACCCUCAUUGACACCGGCCUCAAAAACCCCUCAGGACUAGCAAUUGACUGGUUAUCGAACCUAAUGUUCGUGUCAUCACCUCAAGGAAUAACAGUCUCGAACUUAGACGCCGAGUUCAUAACCACAAUCAUCGAUAACUUAAACGUGCUAUCAGUGGCUGCACAUCCGCGUCUAGGCCAACUGUUCUGGAUCGCCACAACCAACGAGACCUUCAUUGAGACGAGCGCAAUGGACGGAAGCAAACGCACGAAAAUCGUGACUGGAUUACAGUCACACUCGCACAGUCUGUGUGUGGAUUUGCACGCGGAUAAGUUGUAUUGGGUCAGCGAGUUUGAGAUUUAUUUCAGUAAUUUGGACGGGAAGGAUGUAACAAAGUUGAAGUUGCCGCAUGUUUCGGUCCUUGCAGCGACAGUUUACCAGGAACAUGUGUACUAUGCGGACGAUGACGAUCAUACGAUUCACAUUGUUGAUAAAAUGACGGGCGGUAAUGACACGAUUUUGCGCAACAAUACGGGGAGUGUUUUCGCGUUACGUAUUUACGACCCGAUGGAACAGAAAGGUUUCCACCCUUGUGCCAACUCGCAGUGUUCCGAUCUCUGUUUACCGACGUCUGCCACGACUUUCCGUUGUCGCUGUGCUACCGGUUACCACACCGACCCACAAAACCCCAACAAGUGUGUGGGAGUCGAAGAGUUUAUUUUCUAUUCAGUCAAUUGGGAAAUCCGCGGGUUGGCCCUCAAUGGCAACAACCAGACGGCCGUUUUAGGGCCCAUCUCGCGCAUUUCCAUGGCGACAGCGAUUGAUUUCGUGGCGGAAUCCGAUUUGCUGUUCUGGGCUGAUAGUGACAGGGGUUCCAUCACGAGUAUCAAGCGCGACGGGACGCAGAGACGGCACAUAAUCGAGCCGACUGAGGCCAUGGACAGCGUGCCAGUUGAUUGGCUGACGGGGCUGGCGGUUGACUGGAUUGCCGGGAAUAUGUACUGGUGUGAUUCGAAACGUGGGGUUAUUGAGGUGGCGAGGCUUGAUGGGAGUAAGCAGCACGUUCUGCUGGCCAAUGAGAUUGGGAAGCCGACGGCGAUCGCGGUGGAUCCGGCCAGAGGGGUGAUGGUGUGGGCUGGGGGGCCCAGGUUGGAGAUUGCGACCAUGGAUGGGCGCAAUCGCAACUUGUUGGUGAAUAGUUCGGUGGCGAUUUCCGAUGUCACGCUUGAUUCGGAUCAGAGGAAGGUGUAUUUUUGUGAUACUAGUAGGCAUACGAUUGAAGUGAUAGGGUAUGAUGGGAGUGGGCAUGAGGUUUUGGUUAAUGAUACGCUGGAGAAUCCCACGGCGUUGACCAUUUUGGACGACAAGUUGUAUUGGCUUGACAAAACGUUCGAGAAGGGCAGCCUCCUCUCAGCCCCCUUAUCCAACCUCUCCAACUACAAAAUCCUCCUCCGCGACGUUGGCGACUUCCUCAAAGACAUCCAAAUCUUCUCAAAACGCAAACAAACCGGCACCAACCCAUGCGCUCAAAACAACGGCGGUUGCGAACAACUCUGCCUUUACAACGGAACCCAUCCCGUAUGCGUCUGCUCGCACGGAAAAAUCUCCUCAGACGGUAAAACAUGCGAAGCUUUCAAAACCUUCGUCAUGUAUUCCCGUGUCGUAAGCAUUGACUCAAUCCAAAUGCUUGACGAUGAAAACCUCCAAAACGCCCCUCACCCCAGCAUCAAAAACAACACCCUUUUGAAAAAUGCCAUCGGCUUAUCGUUCAGUUACAAACACCAACGCCUCUUCUACUCCGACAUACAGAAGGGCUCAAUCAACGCAGUUUACUACAACGGGACUGAUCACCGCAUUAUCGUGGAGGGCCAAGGCUCGGUCGAAGGCCUGGCCUACGAACAAGUGCACAACAUGCUCUACUGGACGUGCAACAACCAUGCGACCAUUAACCGGGUUAACCUAACCGACCAGAUGACCAACUCGAGUCAAGUCGAGCAAAUCGUUCGGCUGCGUUCGCAAGACAAACCGCGCGGGAUUGCUGUGGACAGUUGCGGAGCGCGCGUUUUCUGGACCAAUUGGAAUUCGCACCAGCCGAGCAUCGAGCGCGUCUUCCUAUCCGGUUAUAACCGCGAGGCGAUAAUCAAAACCGACAUUCGCAUGCCCAACGCAUUGACACUCGACCACAAAGCGCAAAAACUGUACUGGGGCGACGCCCGACUUGAUAAAAUCGAACGUUGUGAAUAUGACGGUUCAAAUCGUGUGAUUCUGGCCAAAGUCACCCCACAGCACCCGUUCGCCCUAGCUGUGUACGCCGAUUACAUCUACUGGACUGAUUGGAUGCUGCAUGCCGUUCUACGGGCCGAUAAACUAACCGGCCAGAACGUGGUUUGGUUGAGACGCGAUGUGGCCAGGCCUAUGGGUAUCGUAACCAUUGCCAACGACACCGAGGACUGUUUCUACAACCCUUGCAAGAUUCUGAACGGGGGCUGUGAGGAGAUUUGCACUUUGAACGCCUCCGCCAUGGUGCAGUGCUCCUGCAUGGACGGCAGGAUUCUGGCAGAGGACCGGAAACGCUGCUAUAGCAACACGAAGGCGUGCGAUCAGUACGACAGUUUCCGGUGCUCGGACGGGGGGUGUGUUCCGUUUAAGCUAACGUGUGACGGUAUAGCGCACUGUUCGGACAAAUCGGACGAAGAGCCGGGCUAUUGCGGGCACAGGACGUGCCUCCAAGGCUGGUUCCAUUGCAACAACAAGCGCUGUGUUGAACGGAAGGAUAAGUGCAACGGGGUGGACGAUUGUGGCGAUGCCAGCGAUGAGGAGAACUGCUCGUGCAGUGAGGACGAGUAUUUCCGGUGCAGUAGCGGGGAGUGCAUCCAGAAGGUGUUAAGGUGUGACAAUGACCCCGAUUGUGACGAUGCGAGUGACGAGAUGGGUUGUGAGGUGCGCAACUGUACGUUAGAUUUCCACGAUGGUAAUAUGAUUAAUUGCGAAAAUACAACCGCCUGUAUUCACAAGGAUUGGUUCUGUGAUGGGGAAAAUGAUUGUUGGGACUGGGCUGAUGAGAAGAAUUGCACAGGACGUGAGAAACGGUGCGAUAUAUUCCAGUUUCAGUGCUCCAAUGGCACGUGUAUUAGUCUGGAGGCGAGAUGUGACGGGAAAGAUGACUGUCAUGAUGCCAAGUCGACGCGCGGAUUGAGUUCGGAUGAGGAGAAUUGUCGAGUUAUGGAAGGCCACUGCCAAAACGACCAAUUCAUGUGUGGCGACUCGCGUUGCAUUCCACUAUCGUGGCAUUGCAACGGAAACCCCGACUGUCUUGACAAUAGCGACGAAUACGACUGCCAUCACCAAUGUCGCAGCGACCAGUUCAAAUGCGACAACAGCGAGUGUAUCCCCCUGAGUUGGCAAUGUGACGGCCAUCCUGACUGCAUGGACCAGUCCGACGAAAGCAAACAUUGCGAACUUCGCGAAUGCGAAAAUGGUGAUUUUCGUUGCAACAGCACAGGUCGUUGUAUCUCUCGUUUGUGGCUGUGUGACGGCGAGGCUGAUUGUCUGGACGGCGCCGAUGAGCACAAGGACCAAGGAUGUGGUGUUUGCACUUCGGAGCACUUCCAGUGCGUUAACGGUGUUUGCAUUAACAAAAUGUAUUAUUGCGACGGUGAUAAGGACUGUAAUGAUGGGAGCGAUGAACCGCCAGAGUGCCACAAGACUUGCACUUCGGACGAGUUCGCGUGCAAUAAUGGGAAAUGCAUCAUGGAUCUGCUGAAGUGUGAUGGGAAUGACGACUGUGGUGAUGGUAGCGAUGAAGGGAAGGAUUGCCACAAUGAAGGCGAUUAUUGCAAGGGCAAAGGGUGGUUCCAUUGCGGGAAUGGUGUUUGCAUCAAUGAUACGUUGUUGUGCAACGGCGAGAACAACUGUGGGGAUUUCAGCGACGAAACGAAAUGUCGCAUCAACGAAUGCACGGCACAGCCGCCGCCCUGCUCGCAAAAAUGUGUGGACAAACCGAUCGGUUACGAAUGUCAGUGUCACACCGGUUACCAGACCAGCGCAAAAGACAAGCACUUGUGCGAAGACAUCAACGAAUGUCUUGCGAGACCUUGCAGUCAACUGUGUCGCAACACCAGAGGCUCAUUCCAUUGCAGUUGUGCCCCCGGUUAUAUACUACACCCAGACGGUCGAACCUGCGGUUCAAAUUCAAUUGUUCCGGUUACACUUAUCUUAGCUAACCGUUACUACAUUCGUGAAAUUGAUAUGACGGGUCAGUCGACUCUCUUGGCACAUAAUCUCACAAAUGCCGUGGCAUUGGAUUAUGACUGGAGCUCCAAGUGCAUUUAUUGGUCGGAUGUGACACAAUUAGGGAGUUCCAUUAAGAGAUUGUGCAAUUAUAAGAACAGUUCAAGCGAGAUUGAGGUUUUGCAUUCACCGACUUUGCAAAAUCCGGAUGGUUUGGCCGUGGAUUGGGUUGGACGAAACCUCUACUGGUGCGAUAAGGGCUUGGACACGUUGGAAGUCUCGUCUUUGGACGGCCGUUUCCGGCGCGUGCUCAUCUCCAAAGGCUUGGAGGAGCCCCGAGCUGUGGCAUUGGACCCUCUCCGUGGUUACCUCUAUUGGACCGACUGGGGCACCCAUGCCCACAUCGGCAAAGCCGGAAUGGACGGUUCCAACCAACAAAUCAUCGUAAAUUCAAGCCUGGGUUGGCCCAACGCUCUCACCAUCUCCUACGAAACCAAAGAACUGUUCUGGGCCGAUGCCCGUGAAGAUUAUAUCGCAGUUUCGGACCUCGAUGGUCACAACAUCCACCGAAUUAUGAGCCGAGAGAAAAACCACUACCUGCAACUCCACCACGUCUUCGCCAUCGACAUCUGGGAAGACUACAUUUACUGGACGGACUGGGAGACGAAAUCGGUCGAACGCUGUCACAAAUACACCGGAAAUAACUGCACCAAAAUCAUGACGACGGUGCAUCGUCCCAUGGACAUCAGAGUUGUGCAUCCGUUAAAACAACCCAAGAUUAAAAAUCCCUGCGAGAAGGCUAAUUGCUCCGCUUUGUGUCUGUUAACACCGCAGGAGCCGUUCUACAAGUGCGUGUGUCCGGAGAAUUACGUUUUGAAAGAGGAUGGGAAAAGCUGUGAGGCGAAUUGCACGUCAGCGCAUUUCGAGUGCAAGAAGAGCUACAAAUGUAUUCCGUUUUGGUGGAAAUGUGAUACGCAGGAUGACUGUGGAGAUGGGAGUGAUGAGCCGAGUGAUUGUCGGCCGUUCAAGUGCAUGCCAGGGCAGUACCAGUGCGAUAAUGGGCACUGCACACAUCCUUCGGACUUGUGCAAUGGGAACGACGAUUGCGGGGAUCAGUCCGAUGAGAAGGACUGCGAGCAUUACACGUGUCUGAACACGCAGUUUAGGUGCCCAGGAAACGGCACGAUUGCCCCCAGAUGCAUCCCCUCGAAAUUCCGCUGCAACAAACACCCCGACUGCCCCCUCGGCGAGGACGAGUCCUCCUGUCCCCCAGCCACGUGCCCCCCCAACCAAUUCAAAUGCGCCAACGACAAGUGCAUCCCGGCCGUCUGGGUCUGCGACACGGACAACGACUGCGGCGACAACUCCGACGAGCAACAGGACUGCCAAUCGCGCACCUGCUCGCCCCAGCACUACCGCUGCAGCUCGGGCCGCUGCAUCCCCAUGUCGUGGCGCUGCGACGGCGACCCCGACUGCGCCAACAACGAGGACGAGCCGCCGUCGUGCAGCCAGCCCGAGUUCCACACGUGCGAGCCCACCUACUUCAAGUGCAAGAACAACAAGUGCAUCCCGGGCCGCUGGCGCUGCGACUACGACAACGACUGCGGCGACAGCUCCGACGAGGUCGACUGCGUGCCGCGGAACUGCUCCGAGUCGGAGUUCCGCUGCGGGGACGGCCGCUGCAUCCGCGGCGCGCAGAAAUGCGACGGGGAGUUCCAGUGCGAGGAUCGCUCGGACGAGGCCAACUGUCACACGCAUUGCAAGAAGAACGAGUUCCAGUGUGCGAACCCCCAGGUUUGCAUCUACUUGGAGUGGAAGUGUGACGGCGAAGCCGACUGUUCGGACGGCUCAGAUGAGGCCAAUUGUAGCGAUACUUGCCCGGAUAACGGGUUCAAGUGCCACAAUGGACUGUGUAUUAACGAGGAUUGGAGAUGUGACGGCCAGAAGGAUUGUGAGGACGGUUCCGACGAGAUGUUUUGUUCGCUAGUUGGUUGUUUACCGGGACGUUUCCGGUGCAAGAACCACACUUGUGUCCCGGUUAGUUUCCUGUGUGACGGACACGACCAGUGUGAGGAUGGGAGCGACGAAGACCCGCACAUCUGUCACAGGUUUAAUAUCUGCCCCCCGGAUCAAUUCACUUGUAAGAACGGUCACUGCAUCAAAAACUCACUACGUUGUGACGGUCGGAACGACUGUAGUGACAAUAGUGACGAAGAAAAUUGCAACAAUUCCACCUGUAAGUGGAACACUUGUUCCCAAAUCUGUAUUGAGGCGAAACAUAACGUCCCGGUUUGUAAGUGUCUGCCGGGUUACACGCACUUAAAAGGCGGCGUUUGUAUCGCGGAAGGUGACUGGGCGAAUCUAGUGCUCGUGUCGGAAGCCGAGUUGCGAUUAAUGUCGCCGUAUAAACCAGGCGACAGCAAUAAAUUACGUAGUAAAACCCUGGCCACAGCCCCCGGUUAUAAAGUCGAUGCUGUUGAUAUUCUCUACGGGAGGACGGAAUCGGUGGCGUUCUGGACCGACCACCAGAACAAGCGCAUCCAGAGCGUGGUUUUGCGCUUGAAUGAGAGCCGAGCUCGGCGCGAUUCCGACGUGCGGACGGUCACGAGUGGUUUGCACGACCCCAGAGGGAUCAGUGUUGACUGGGUGGCGAGACGGUUGUACGUCACGGAUGGGGUCAGGAUUUUGGCUUCGACCAUCGAUGGGUUGUACGUUUACACGGUCCUGAGAGGUGAGAUGAAGCAACCCAGGGAUAUUGUGGUCGUGCCCCAGGACGGUGUGUUGUUUUGGUCGGACUGGGGACCGCCGGCGCGGAUCGAAACCGCGCACAUGGACGGGAAUAAGAGGAGGGUUUUGGUGAAUAGUGCCAUUCUGUACCCGACGGGUUUGGCCGUGGAUUAUACCACGAGGAGGUUGUAUUGGGCCGAUCCGAAGACCAUGACUGUGGAGACGGUGAAGUUUGACGGGUCGGAUAGGCAUGUCGUGAGGCAUUUUGGCAAGGAGAUGAAGCCGUACAAGAUUGAGGUUUUUGAAAAUUAUCUCUUUGUUACGACGUAUCAGAAGCACGAUGUGUUACGGUUGAAUAAGUUUGGCAAUGGGAAUGUCACGCAUUUGUCGCAAGGGUUGACUCGAAUUGCGGAUAUUCUUAUACUUCACGAGCAGAAACAGGAUCAGAGUGUUAAUAAUACGUGCGUUGAUUUUUGUCAUCAUACGGAAUUCUGUUUGUUGAGUCCGAAUACGGCUACGUGUACGUGCGCCGAUGGAUACGUCAAAGAUAAUCUGACGUGUAAAGCCGUCGCCAGCCGCACCCCCAACUGCCCCCUGAACUGCAACAGCGGCACCUGUAAAAUCGUCCAAGGCCAAAACCCCAAAUGUUUCUGUCCGGCCCAAUACACCGGCCCCCGUUGCGAGCACUUCCGUUGCUCCCAAUACUGUAAAAACAAAGGCAUGUGUUACGUCGACUUAGCCGCCCCCCAAUCACCCGAUUCCCUGCCCCCACUGCGCUGUAACUGCGCCCCCCAAUGGACCGGCGAACGCUGCGAAACCCCCGUCAAUCUCUGCGACGGCCGUUGCUACAACGGUGGCACUUGUUUCACCCCCAAACCCGAAAUGCCCGUCUGUAACUGUCCCUCGGGAUUCACCGGCUCCCGGUGCCAGAAUUGCGCACAACUCGUCUGCCAAAACGGCGGCGUUUGUGUCAAAGAUACGUGCAAAUGUCCGGUGGGUUACAGUGGACGCCAUUGCGAAAUCUCAUUCUGUGGGAAAAACGGAAAACCGAUAACGACCUCAUCGGGGUUGAAAUGUAGUUGUCUGCCUGGCUUUGGCGGCGAGAAAUGCGAACAGGAUCGGUGCUACCAACAUUGCCAGAACGGCGGCACUUGCCGAAUGGGGACGAAGCAACCCGAGUGCGAUUGCCCGGCGUUUUUCGGGGGGAGGCGUUGCGAGAUUGACUUGUGCACAGGCGGGGAACCCCCGAAAGGGUGUGCCAAGAGAUGCGUCUGUGGGAAUGGCGGCAGUUGUGUUAUUAUGAACGGACGGCCGGUGUGCAAGUGCCAGAGGCCCUGGGGUGGGCUCAAGUGUGAGAUUUACGUUGGCAACGCUGAUACGUGUGCCGGGCUGUGCCAGAACGGGGGAGUUUGCCAGAUUUUGUCGCCGCAUGUGGACCCCAUUUGCCAGUGUCCGCAGUCGUGGACGGGGCCCCGGUGCACACAGUUGGCCGUCUGUGCCAAUUACUGCCAAAAUGGGGGCACGUGUGACGUCAGCGAUGGGCUGCCGUACUGUCGAUGUCCUGCUGAUUUUGACGGUGUUAAGUGCGAGUUGUUGGCCAAGUUGGACGAAGCUGUGGCACAUAAGGAUGUAGGGCGAGGAGUUGUAGUCCCGGUUAUUGCCGCAAUUGUCGUUAUUAUUGUGAUUUUGGUUGUUUUCCUCGCAUUUGAUUACUUCUACAGGAAGAGACAGUCGUUCUCGCAUGAGAGGUUACAAGAGAACGAUUUCAACAAUCCGAUGUAUCAGGAUAGGGACGCUGAACCGUUCACUUUGGACGCUGAUAAGUCUGGCAACUUUGCCAACCCCGUAUACGAGUCCGUCUACAACGGCACGGGCAGCGGCCGGGGCGAGGAAAAGGCCGUGCUUUUGCAACACCCAGCCGACGAGGCCCCGACACCGGCCCCUGAGGAGAUCUAGUGACAUAUCCCACAAAAUAUUUAGGUUUAUUUUCAAUUGCUGUGAAUUGUGCCAUUUAUUUUAAAAUAUUUCGGCAGCUGUAUAUUAUAGCUGUACAUAUUAUUAUCUGAUGUAAUUCUUCGAUAUUAUUGUUGUUACAUGAAAUCUUGCCCGAUGGUGUUAACACACGAACCGAAUAACGUCCUUGUACAUAGAAAUUAUGUGACUGAUGAUAAAUGAUAUAUUUUUUAAUGCAUUGCUUGGUUGUGCAGGAACAAACGUUGUGCUCAAUACUCAUCUAUAAAUGUAUCGUAAUUAUUUCUUUUUAUGUCAGAUUUUAUAAAAAUGACACGAAACCA